UUGUAUGACAGCUUUUCCUGCAGCUGCACCGCAGAGCUGGGAUAACUGUUACUCCAUCUUUUUGUCUGAGAGGAAGUCGCCACCUCUUCAGACUCCCCUCGUUCACCACUGCCGACUUCAGCUUGAACAAAAUCACCAUCUGGAGGCAACCACAGCUGGGACUGGUGGUUUUUUCCACAUAUGAAACGUCCCAAACGCAUCUCUUGAUCAAGAUUUUGCUCUGAUCAUUUUGCUUAGAGUGGGAACCAACUGUUGAACUAACUCAAUACAUCAGAUGUACAUAAUUUUGGUCUCCUUGGCAAUGCAGAUUGGACAGCUGAACACUGCAAGCUGAAGAAAACGGCACAUCCCCACCUCCAAUCAUCGCCUAUGACAGCAGGAGCUGCAAGACUUGUGCUCCAUUAAUUUGUUGGUUGUGUUAGUCUGUUGGUUUUGCUGUAUCAUUGUGAGGGCUCUAAGGACAACCAUUUACAUCCGCAAGUCCUAGAACAAGAAUGGAUGUGAAAAGGAAAGAGAUGGACUUCUUGACCAACAGCAUUGCUGCCUAUGCUCACAUCAAAGCCAAUCUAGAGAGCUUUGGCUUGUACUUCAUCAUUGGGGUCAGCUUUGGCCUGGUGCUAAUAUUUUGCCUCCUGGUCAUCCGCAUCUCCCGCAAGCCCCAGACCAAGAGAGUAUUACCACCCUCUGAGAAAAAAGGCCUGAAGGACUUCAGCCAGAAGGAAAGUGAGAGUGAGGAUGAAGCUGAGGAGCUAGAUGGGGAUGAAGACAUGGGACAUGAUGAGGAUGUGGAAGCAGCUACCUUCUGCACGCUUGGCACCACAGUGAUCCUCAAGGACAGUCCCUCGACACCAUGUGGUGCACCAGGGGUUAAUGUGUUUGCUUCAGCUGAGGAGCUGGAGCGAGCGCAGAGGCUAGAGGAGCGUGAGCGCAUCAUCCGCGAGAUCUGGAGGAAUGGGCAACCUGACAUCUUAGGCAGUGGCACUGGAACCAUCGGCCGUGUCCACUAUUACUGAACCGUGAUUAAUGUCCACCUGCCCAUGUAGUACAGUCUGACUCAGGGACAUGGGAGUGGGGUUUACAUUAUUCUCCUGGCUCACAGUUGAUCUUGGCAAUAGUUAGGUCCAUGUCAUUUGGCUGUCAAUUGUAAUAUUCUGGUGCUCUGGGCUUUGGAAUUAUUACAAUGACCCCACAUACAGUUGUUUCUUCAAGAGUUAUUUUUUCUGCCUGGGCAAAAAUUCAAAAAAAUAUAAAGGACUGAUGCCACAAAGUGCUUUAGAUGUCACUUGACAGAAUACGACAUUGCAGCAGGUGCUGGAUCUCAAUGAUGUAUGUAUGGUAAUGGUAGGACUUGUCAACCCUAAACUGUUACAGGACUAGUGUAAAAUGAUCAUCAGCAGUACAAUUUAGCAAGAAUAUGAUAAAGGCCUUUUUUAAAUUGACUAUUGUAUCAAGUUACCUUCAGUCAGAAAUGAUCAGUGAUUCCCAUGGGACACAUUGUCAGUUUCUAGAGCCAUUUUUGCAGUGAGUUUGAAUCAAAGUGCUAAUAGAACAUAAUAUCUUAUUUAAACUGGAACCAAUUCUUUGUAAUGGUGCUUCCUUCAGUCAUGUCUCAUCUUCUGAUUAGAUAAAGCAUCCAAAAAUCUAUUGCACCUAAGCUGCUGAAAAAGUAACUUUGUGUUUAACUGUGUGGCGGAAACUUUAAACAUUGCAUGCAGACCAAAAAAGAAAGCCACAUUCGUACUGAAAGAAUUUAGGUUUUAGGUGGGAAAGUGUUUUUUUUUUCCCUCUCUUUUCUUCUUCUUUCUCCAUGUACUAUUUUUAAUAUAGUUCAAACAGAAGCUUUCACCAGUUAAAGAAAAAAACUGCGACCAGCUUACUAAAAAAGAGCAAAGAGCCAAAGAGGCUUGAGGUACCCCAGCCAGAAUGUAUAAAUGAUUUUGCCUUCUCACCAAAGCCCACUGCUUUUCAUGAGCAGCAAAACAAAAACAAGACUGGGAAAAUGCACAGAGGAUUGAGGCUCCUUCAUUUUGAGAUAAAGAAAAAAUGUGACAGCUUCAACAAAUGAAUGCAAACUGUUAGCAAAUUUGAAGUUAACCUGGUUUUCUUUCUUUUACAACAAAUGUGUUCCCCUGAGCUUAGUCUGCAAGUUCACAUUAUUCUUCUGGAAAGUAUAUGAAGCAUAAAUAGAUACUUUUAGCAUUUAUUUAAUGUUAACAUGUCACGAUGCUAGAACUUGAUUUUAUUUUUUAUUUUUCAUGAAGAAAUUAUCCAUGUACAUCACAAGAAAAACAGAUCUGGAAGUUAUCUGGCAGAGUUUCUUAUGCACUAUGGCUUUAUGAAUAA